CGAACUUUGCACUGAAAGUUUGAUCAACAAUGGAGGAAGUAAAGCUACUAGGAUUCUGGCCAAGCCCAUUUAGUUACAGAGUCAUUUGGGCUCUGAAACUGAAGGGUGUAAGCUUUGAGUACAUAGAAGAAGACAUUAACAACAAAAGUGAAAUGCUCUUGCACUACAACCCAGUUUACAAGAAAAUCCCAGUUCUUGUUCAUAAUGGCAAACCAAUUUCUGAGUCCCUUGUUAUCCUCGAAUACAUUGAAGAAGCAUGGCCACAAAAUCCUCUGCUCCCACAAGAUCCAUAUGAAAAAGCCUUGGCUAGGUUUUGGAUUCAGUUUCUUGUAGACAAAAGUCGCCUCUGGACAGCGUUUAUCUGUGCUGAAGCUGAAGAGGAAAAAGAAAAAGCAGCAAAAGAAAUACUGGAAGCUUUAAAAAUCCUGGAAGAACAAGCACUUGGCGAAAAGAAAUUUUUUGGUGGUGACACUAUAAAUAUGGUAGACAUAGCAUGUGGAACCCUAGCUCAUUGGUUUGAAGGCAUGGAAGAAGUUGUAGGAGUCAAGGUGAUAGAAACUUCCACUUUGCCAAAUUUGCACGCUUGGAUUCAGAAUUUUAAGCAGGUUCCAGUGAUCAAAGACAACCUUCCCGAUCGUGAGAAAUUGUUAGCAUAUCAGAAAAUCUUAAGACAGAAAUUUUCAACCACUUAAUAUUACAAAGCUGAUAGCUCAUCUUUUUGAUAGGUUGUGAUAGCCUUCCUUACCCUGUGUGCAUCAAAUAUAUUUGCCAAUAAAUUGACUUUUUGUUUGU